AUGAGGAUGAAGAAAACGAGGUGGAUGAGAAAAAGGUUUGAGGGUGAGGAAAACGAGGUCAAUGAGAAAGAAGUUGAAGAAAAUGAGUUGGAUGAGAAAGAAGACGAAGAACAUGAGAUAGACGGGAAAGAAGAUGAGGACGAGGAAAAUGAGGUCGAUGAGAAAGAAGAUGAUGUAGAAGAUGAAGAAAAUGAGGUAGAUGAGAAAGAAGACGAAGAAUAUGAGAUAGACGGGAGAGAAGAUGAGGAUGAAGAAAAUGAGGUCGAUGAGAAAGAAGAUGAUGUAGAAGAUGAAGAAAAUGAGGUAGAUGAGAAAGAAGACGAAGAAUAUGAGAUAGACGGGAAAGAAGAUGAGGAUGAAGAAAAUGAGGUCGAUGAGAAAGAAGAUGAUGUAGAAGAUGAAGAAAGUGAGGUAGGUGAGAAAGAAGAUGAGGAUGAAGAAAAUGAGGUAGGUGAGAAAGAAGAUGAGGAUGAAGAAAAUGAGACAAUUGAAGAAAAUGAGUUGGAUGAGAAAGAAGACGAAGAAUAUGAGAUAGACGGGAAAGAAGAUGAGGAUGAGGAAAAUGAGGUCGAUGAGAAAGAAGAUGAUGUAGAAGAUGAAGAAAAUGAGGUAGAUGAGAAAGAAGACGAAGAAUAUGAGAUAGAUGGGAAAGAAGAUGAGGAUGAAGAAAAUGAGGUCGAUGAGAAAGAAGAUGAGGUAGAAGAUGAAGAAAAUGAGGUAAAUGAGAAAGAAGAUGAUGUAGAAGAUGAAGAAAAUGAGGUAUAUGAGAAAGAAGACGAAGAAUAUGAGAUAGAUGGGAAAGAAGAUGAGGAUGAAGAAAAUGAGGUCGAUGAGAAAGAAGAUGAUGUAGAAGAUGAAGAAAAUGAGGUAGAUGAGAAAGAAGACGAAGAAUAUGAGAUAGACGGGAAAGAAGAUGAGGAUGAAGAAAAUGAGGUCGAUGAGAAAGAAGAUGAUGUAGAAGAUGAAGAAAAUGAGGUAAAUGAGAAAGAAGACGAAGAAUAUGAGAUAGAUGGGAAAGAAGAUGAGGAUGAAGAAAAUGAGGUCGAUGAGAAAGAAGAUGAUGUAGAAGAUGAAGAAAAUGAGGUAAAUGAGAAAGAAGAUGAUGUAGAAGAUGAAGAAAAUGAGGUAGAUGAGAAAGAAGACGAAGAAUAUGUGAUAGAUGGGAAAGAAGAUGAGGAUGAAGAAAAUGAGGUCGAUGAGAAAGAAGAUGAUGUAGAAGAUGAAGAAAAUGAGGUAAAUGAGAAAGAAGAUGAUGUAGAAGAUGAAGAAAAUGAGGUAGAUGAGAAAGAAGACCAAGAAUAUGAGAUAAAUGGGAAAGAAGAUGAGGAUGAAGAAAAUGAGGUCGAUGAGAAAGAAGAUGAUGUAGAAGAUGAAGAAAAUGAGGUAGAUGAGAAAGAAGACGAAGAAUAUGAGAUAGAUGGGAAAGAAGAUGAGGAUGAAGAAAAUGAGGUCGAUGAGAAAGAAGAUGAUGUAGAAGAUGAAGAAAAUGAGGUAAAUGAGAAAGAAGAUGAUGUAGAAGAUGAAGAAAAUGAGGUAGAUGAGAAAGAAGACGAAGAAUAUGUGAUAGAUGGGAAAGAAGAUGAGGAUGAAGAAAAUGAGGUCGAUGAGAAAGAAGAUGAUGUAGAAGAUGAAGAAAAUGAGGUAAAUGAGAAAGAAGAUGAUGUAGAAGAUGAAGAAAAUGAGGUAGAUGAGAAAGAAGACGAAGAAUAUGAGAUAGACGGGAGAGAAGAUGAGGAUGAAGAAAAUGAGGUCGAUGAGAAAGAAGAUGAUGUAGAAGACGAAGAAAAUGAGGUAAAUGAGAAAGAAGAUGAUGUAGAAGAUGAAGAAAAUGAGGUAGAUGAGAAAGAAGACGAAGAAUAUGAGAUAGAUGGGAAAGAAGAUGAGGAUGAAGAAAAUGAGGUCGAUGAGAAAGAAGAUGAUGUAGAAGAUGAAGAAAAUGAGGUAAAUGAGAAAGAAGAUGAUGUAGAAGAUGAAGAAAAUGAGGUAGAUGAGAAAGAAGACGAAGAAUAUGAGAUAGAUGGGAAAGAAGAUGAGGAUGAAGAAAAUGAGGUCGAUGAGAAAAAAGAUGAUGUAGAAGAUGAAGAAAAUGAAGUAGGUGAGAAAGAAGAUGAGGAUGAAGAAAAUGAGGUAGGUGAGAAAGAAGAUGAGGAUGAAGAAAAUGAGACAAGUGAGAAAGAAGAUGAGGAUGAACAAAACGAGGUGGAUGAGAAAAAGUUGGAUGAGAAAGAAGACGAAGAAUAUGAGAUAGACGGGAAAGAAGAUGAGGAUGAAGAAAAUGAGGUCGAUGAGAAAGAAGAUGUAGAAGAUGAAGAAAAUGAGGUAGAUGAGAAAGAAGACGAAGAAUAUGAGAUAGAUGGGAAAGAAGAUGAGGAUGAAGAAAAUGAGGUCGAUGAGAAAGAAGACAAAGAAUAUGAGAUAGAUGGGAAAGAAGAUGAGGAUGAAGAAAAUGAGGUCGAUGAGAAAGAAGAUGAUGUAGAAGAUGAAGAAAAUGAGGUAAAUGAGAAAGAAGAUGAUGUAGAAGAUGAAGAAAAUGAGGUAGAUGAGAAAGAAGACGAAGAAUAUGUGAUAGAUGGGAAAGAAGAUGAGGAUGAAGAAAAUGAGGUCGAUGAGAAAGAAGACGAAGAAUAUGAGAUAGAUGGGAAAGAAGAUGAGGAUGAAGAAAAUGAGGUCGAUGAGAAAGAAGAUGAUGUAGAAGAUGAAGAAAAUGAGGUAAAUGAGAAAGAAGAUGAUGUAGAAGAUGAAGAAAAUGAGGUAGAUGAGAAAGAAGACGAAGAAUAUGAGAUAGAUGGGAAAGAAGAUGAGGAUGAAGAAAAUGAGGUCAAUGAGAAAGAAGAUGAUGUAGAAGAUGAAGAAAAUGAGGUAAAUGAGAAAGAAGAUGAUGUAGAAGAUGAAGAAAAUGAGGUAGAUGAGAAAGAAGACGAAGAAUAUGAGAUAGAUGGGAAAGAAGAUGAGGAUGAAGAAAAUGAGGUCGAUGAGAAAGAAGAUGAUGUAGAAGAUGAAGAAAAUGAGGUAAAUGAGAAAGAAGAUGAUGUAGAAGAUGAAGAAAAUGAGGUAGAUGAGAAAGAAGACGAAGAAUAUGAGAUAGAUGGGAAAGAAGAUGAGGAUGAAGAAAAUGAGGUCGAUGAGAAAAAAGAUGAUGUAGAAGAUGAAGAAAAUGAAGUAGGUGAGAAAGAAGAUGAGGAUGAAGAAAAUGAGGUAGGUGAGAAAGAAGAUGAGGAUGAAGAAAAUGAGACAAGUGAGAAAGAAGAUGAGGAUGAACAAAACGAGGUGGAUGAGAAAAAGGUCGAUGAGAAAGAAGAUGAUGUAGAAGAUGAAGAAAAUGAGGUAGAUGAGAAAGAAGACGAAGAAUAUGAGAUAGAUGGGAAAGAAGAUGAGGAUGAAGAAAAUGAGGUCAAUGAGAAAGAAGAUGAUGUAGAAGAUGAAGAAAAUGAGGUAAAUGAGAAAGAAGAUGAUGUAGAAGAUGAAGAAAAUGAGGUAGAUGAAAAAGAAGACGAAGAAUAUGAGAUAGAUGGGAAAGAAGAUGAGGAUGAAGAAAAUGAGGUCGAUGAGAAAGAAGAUGAUGUAGAAGAUGAAGAAAAUGAGGUAAAUGAGAAAGAAGAUGAUGUAGAAGAUGAAGAAAAUGAGGUAGAUGAGAAAGAAGACGAAGAAUAUGAGAUAGAUGGGAAAGAAGAUGAGGAUGAAGAAAAUGAGGUCGAUGAGAAAAAAGAUGAUGUAGAAGAUGAAGAAAAUGAAGUAGGUGAGAAAGAAGAUGAGGAUGAAGAAAAUGAGGUAGGUGAGAAAGAAGAUGAGGAUGAAGAAAAUGAGACAAGUGAGAAAGAAGAUGAGGAUGAACAAAACGAGGUGGAUGAGAAAAAGGUUUGA